AUGAGUUUCUUCGACGCAGCAGAUCUUCCGCGAGUGAGCAUCUUCCGCGACUCAAGUAGGCGGUAUCAAGGACUGAGUUACAACUGCGACCACAAUCUUCAAACCCCCGUCUCACGGGCACUACCACCGAGACGAGAUUCAGCCAUAGCCACAAGUUUACAUCUUGCCACGACUACCGUCACGAGCCCGCUAUCCACUCGCAAACCAACUCCAACCAUGACAUUCACCCUCAGUCCCUUCGUUGAAGCCGACAUCCCCCCUGCCAUCGCUGCCCACGCCACUGCCACCGCCGACGAAUCGCUCCAACGCACAACAAGCGCUCAUCUCUCCGACUCAGAGAAGAACGACUACCGACUCCAAGAAUGGACGCUAGCCCUUCAAAACCCGUUUGCUAGGAUCGUCAAAGCCACCGAAAGAGGAACCCUGAUCGGCGCCGCCGGAUUCCUCACCCACAAAGUAUGCGGUCUGCAAUGGACCGCGCCCUCUCGCAAGGAAGAGACAGGCAGCAUCGAGAAGGAAAUCGACGACCGUCUUGCACAAAGCCGAGACGAGCUUCUACAGGGCGACUAUGAUAUCUGGCACAUCUACCUCGUCUUCCUCGCGCCCUCGCACGAGCACGCCUCGGUUUGGCGGGACAUGAUCUCGUGGGGCUUGUCGCAAGCAGAUGAGGCGGGGAAACGUGUCUACGUCCAAGCCAGUUCGGCCGACAAGGCAACGUAUGAGGAACUGGGAUUUCAAGUGAAGAAAGCAGUGAGAUUACCAGUGGAUACGGCAAGGAGAGAAAGUGCAGGUGAAUGCGUAAGGUACUUGAUGCUGAGGCCCACAAAGGUGUAG